AUGUCUCGUGUCCAAUCAAAACAAAACAUUCUUCCACCUGUUCAAAAUGUUGAUGCCACAAAUCCAACAAAUGAAGUUUUGACGCAAAAUAAAGAAGGCAAUACUUUAAUAUGGUAUGAUACAUCAUUAAGUAUAACAGAUCAAGAUACUAUAAACACAAAAAAAGCACUUCGUGCUGUUAAUGAUUAUGUUUUAUUAUUUGAUAAUGAAGAAAAAUGUGUUCAGCAUAUUGGAUCGACAGAUGUUAGCAAUGUCUUUAUGGUCAUAUCCGGUUCAAGUGCAAUAACGCUUCUUUCACAAAUACACGAGCUAAAACAAGGAAAUGAGAAAGUACUGAAAGAAAUAGACAAAUUCAAUGAACACUACGAAAUACCAAGUCACGCUCUUCAUUUUUAUACAUGCGACUCAUUUUGGUAUCGAACUAUAAAUCAUAUAUUUCGAAUUCAAGAUCUAGAAUUACUAGAAAUAUUUCAUUUUUUUAUUGUUGAUUUAUCUGAAGAAUUGAAAGAACGUUUCGAAAGGUUAAAAACCUCAUUAUCAUCAUCCGAACAGAAGACACUAAUACUUUAUCGUGGACACAAAUUUUCAAAAGAAGAAUAUCAUCGAUUUUCUUCAUGUACAUUUGCCAGAUUCAAUAGUUAUCUUUCAACUUCGUCUGAUAUUGAAGUAGCAAAAAUAUUUGCUGGGUUCACCGAAGAGCAAACUUCGUCUGAUCCAGACAUUGUACAAGUUUUGUUUCAUAUUGAAUUAGAUAUAAUAUCACUGAACAGUAAUUCAGUCAUUGUCGCUGACAUAUCCACAUCGUCGCAAUAUGAAGAAGAAUGUGAAUAUUUAUUUGAUUUCGGUGCGACAUUUGAAAUCAUUAGUGCUAAUCAUAAGGAUCAAAUAAUUAAAAUGAUUGUCUCAGAUAAACCACAGCAUUUAGCUUGGGCACGAUUAAAUGGUGAAUAUUUGUACAAAUAUGCUUCGCAAGAAAUAAUUGAUCACAUUGAAAUCGAUCCAGUAUCAAAUAAUUUUGCAUCGGAUCUUAUAGAAAUUCAUAAGUCUUUAACAAGAUUAGACGCAUUUGAAAAUUAUAUUUUAAACACGUCGAUUGAUGAUGACAAUUAUCAAACAGCUAGCAAACAUUGUAUCGAAGGAUAUACCCUUUCUCAUAUUCAUCCGAGCUUAUUAUAUGCUCGUGAAUGUCGCAAGCUUAAUCCAACAAAUCCAUAUACUGAUGAACAUACAAAUGCUUAUAACCAAGCGAUAAAAUAUUUUCAAGCUUUUUAUAAUUAUGCAUCAGAUGAUUUCAUUAAAUGGGCAUUACGAGCUUUGGGAUUUGCUCAUUAUAAGAUCGAUGAUUAUGAACAAGCGCAAAUAUAUUUUAACAAAGCAUUGAAAAUAGAUAAUGAUCCUCUAAAUUUCGCGACAUGUUGUUAUUUUAUUGGUUGCAUAUAUAGCGAAUUAUCGGAUCAUGAAAAAUCAAUGAAUUAUUUUAAUGAAGUAUUGCAACUGAAGGAUAGAAUAAAACUAUCGUUUAUCGCUGCUACUUAUCGUCAAAUGGCUAUGCUCAAAAAUCAAAAUAAAGAAAAAGAUUAUCCGUCAUCGCUUGCAAUGGCAAAAGAAUACCUAUUAAAUGCCUUAAAUAUAUAUCAACAAACAAGCGACGAACUGUCUACAUUAAGAUGUCGUAGCGAGCUUUUAAAUUUAGAAGGUUAUACAAAUAUUGAUGACUGUACUAAUAUAUUAGAUCAAUACUUUAAAUAUUGUCAAGAUCAUCAAAUUGUAUCGAAACCCAUUGCAGAACUGUAUGAAAGAAUAGCUUACGAAUAUUUUGAAUAUUUUGAUUAUGAUCUGGCACUGAAAUGUUAUGUGAAAAUCAUCGUACACUUUCCAGAUAAUGAAAUUUGUCAUCAGAUCAUAGCUGAUAUAUAUAUUAGAAAGAACGAUUCAAAACCAGCCAUUGCAUAUUUAGAAAAAACUCUCAACAUAACCAAAAAUGUAAGAAAAAUUGUCCAUUGCCUUCUCGCUAUGGGUAUGCAAUAUUGCAAAGAAAAUAAUUUACCUAUGGCAAUAAGAUGUUUGGAAAAAAGUGUCUCAGAGUGCGAACAAUCGGAUUCUAACAUACAAUUUUAUGAUUAUGUAUUCAAUUUGGAACUUGAACGAAAGAGUCAGAUCGCCACAUGUACAUGGCUGGCCGAGUCGCAUUGUCAAACAACAAAAGAAUUGUAUUUUUACACCAAGGCUUUAACUCUCUCUUUGGAUUUUAUACAACUGUUUCCAUCGGAAAUUAUUUCCAUUUUCAAAUCAAUUGACUUUAUCCAGAAGUCUAAUCACACUGAACAGAUAAGACGCAUAAUAGAAGAAAAUAAAAACAAUAAUGAAAGUCAUCUGGAAAAAUUUACUCUGAAAAGAAUAUUUGAUAACUACAUUAGCAUGGGUGAUUAUGAUGGCAUGAAUCGUUUAUUUUAUUAUGUAAAAGCAUUGCAGAUUUAUAAUAAAGGAAACAAAAUAGAAAUCAAUGGUGACAUUGACUCAAUGUGUACAUCGAAAAUCAAACGGAUCCUCCAAUUACAGUAUUCAGAUGAUAAAUUAAUAGAUCAUAUUCAACAACAGUUAUUACAAGUAACGAAUUCACAGAUUGAAACAGAAGAAGAACAAGAUUUAUUUAACAAAAACUACUCUGUUGACUUAAAAAGAAAUCAACUUGCCAAAAUCUAUUCUUCUAUUGGAGAUGUAUACUCAAAAAUGAAAAAUUAUGAAAAAGCAAAACUAAAUUAUGACAAAUGUAUUGAAUAUUAUAAAACGUUUUCAUCAUUGUUUCAUCUUGAGAUUCUUGAUUUAUACAGCAAGAUGAAUUAUAUUACUCAAAUGUAGCAGGUACAUAUCGAAUAUGGAAUCAGUGCAGCAUUGAAAUACGAACAGAAACCAUUUAGUUAGAUUUUAUGUCAACAUUCUCCUAUCAGUUUAUAAUAAAACUGAUAUAUUUUACAUAAAAUCAAAUACGCACAGUUCAUAUAAUUAUGAAAUUCAUUUUAUCUGAUAUAUUCUUGUUGAUUGAUGGAAAAUAACUAAAUGAUCGGAUGUAGAAAUGACAUCAUUAGCAUCACCCAUUUAUCAAAGAGAUACAAAUUUCAACACUGAGAUUUUAGAGGGUGUGGGUGUGGGUACGGGUGUGAGUGAGUCUAUAUGUGACUCUGCUCUUAACUCACACUUUCAUAGCCACACCCACACCCUAGUUAAGAAAAAACGCUUUUCCUAUAUGAGCGCAUAAGUAAAUUUAUAGAAAUCAUGACUUUUCAGAAGAAUUUGAACAGUUUGUUCAAGAUUUUUAUUAAUAAAUUUACUAGCAAUCAAAAAAUUUGCGUAUAAAUACUACAUUGUAUGGAAAUAACUAUUAAGGCUAAUGAUUCAAAUGUUUCUUUGACUAGCGAAUACUCGAAUAGGAGUUAACAGACAUGUUCUUUUUUUUUUUUUUUUUUUUUUUUUUAAUGCAUAGUUUUUAAAACAAUCAAUGACAUAACUAUUAACUACUUCUGGCAGCGUUCUGCAAGAUUUCAGCAUCAUCAUUUUAAAGAUCGUGACCUUGCAAAGUUCUCUUUUUCUUUUGAAUAACUUUUGAAAAAUUUAUAUUCCAAAUAUUCAAACACAAAAUUUUAUUUUGGCACAAAAUAUAAGAUUUUCUUAAGGUUAAUUAACGAAUAGAGUGAAUAUUUGUGAUACAAGUCAAUUCUAAUUUUAUCUGAAUUUUCAAUUAUUCAGGAGAAAUAUAUUUAUUUAAGAUUAGAAGAUUUAACUGAUAAUAUCUUAGAGUUUCUGAAUAUCGUCGAUAGCGAAUGCCUGAGAAAGAAUGUCUUUACAAGAGUUCAAGAAAUGACAUAUUGGAGAAAAUCAGGUAAUCUUAUAUGACAAUAAAAUCGAAUGAUCGAGUUUAUGAUCCUGAUGAUUCUUAAAAGUAGAUAUCAAUGACAAUUAUUAGCUAGAAAAAUGUUGAUGAGAUUGAUUGAUCUAUUCAGAAGAGACAGACAAUAAACUGUAACUGUGGAAAAAUAUUUUCUUAGUCUAGAAUAUUUGCAACGACUUGCUUGUUAAAACAAAACGCAAAUUAAAUUGAUAAUUGUCCCAAAAUCAAAAAAAAGAAACACUUCUUCAGAAGAAAAAGUGAAGAAUACAACGAAUUCCUAGACAAUAGAAUGUAUGGCUUUGUAGAUGAACCGAAAACUCACACCUUAUUGCAUAUAUUUCUGUUUAAAUUAAAUUUUACGAGAAAAAAUUUCUUUAUUUUGUAUCGUCACAUGUAUGCAAAGUUUACUGUGUCAACAACAAAAAAAAUAUUUGAAAUAAAGUUAAAUAAGUUAGAACACAAAAUUUAAAUCACGAAAGUAGAUUGUGAGAAAAAAAGUUUUGAAGCUAAUCAUCUUUCCUAUUCUCAAUAAUGAAAAUAGAAUAGGAUUCAACAUCAUACUAUUCAUUGAAACAACGACUUCUUUCAUAAACAGAUAUUUGUAAUUUUGAAAAAAUGAAUAAAUAUAGAUAGGCAUAUGAAAAAAAAAUGAUUAUCUAAGAUAUAAUCAUUUUUGUAAAGUUGUGAUGUUAUAUGUGAUUAUCAAACGAUGUUCGAUGGAAUAUUUUGCAAAGCGAUCAAUUUACAUUUAUAAACAUUUACCAAAAAUCCAGAAAUAAAUUUAAAAUAAAAUCUAAAUAUGUUUGAAGUAUUCUAGAAUGUGUUUACAAGCCUUUUAGUAUCUUUAGAAUGUAACAAGAACAUGAUGCGAUCAUUUUCUUACAGAAUAUUCGUUAGUGAUAAUCGAAUUUUCGUUAUCUAUGAUUUAUUUUUUCUGAAAUCAUGCAUUUUGAUGAUUGUAUUGUUGAGUUUUAACUUAUGCGUUUCAUUAAAAAAAUUCUCAGAAAUUUACAAUCUAAAAUAAUUUUACAGGAUAAUACCGCGCUUGUCAGGCAUCGAACUGAACUCGAACCUGUGGAAGUUGGUUUGAUUCCUUUUCUGAUAGUUAUCGUUAAAUACUGUCAAUGAUAAAUUGCUUUUUACAUUAAAAUAUUCAAUUUUUUUGGUAUUGAUAACAAAAUAAUAAAAAGUACGAAUAAUAAAUCAAGCAAAAAAAGAAUUGUUAUUUGAAUAAAAAGAAACAAUUGUGUAGUGCGAGACUUUUUGAAUUUAUCAUUUUCAAUGGAUUUUCAGAAAACAGUUCAAUAGGAUGAAGUAUGGUAGCUGCUUUUACAUAUAAUCUACUAAAUCAAAACGAUUCAAAGAUUGUAGAUGUGGUUAAACAAAAUAUCAACAUCUAUACCCACAUUCUUCUUGAUAUUAUUAAAAGUACUGGUUAUAAAUACAAGUUUUAAUCCAGAUUUGUGCAAAUUUCUCUUAAACUCUAACGACAUGGUUUAGAAAAGUCUUCGUUAAAACUUCAAUGGCUAAAAUAUGUUCAAUGGAUACAUGUAAUUGACUUAUUUACUAGUUAAAUCAAUGAUUGAAAUCAUAAUAAAACAUACGAUAUGAAAUAUAAAUCAAUAAGCCAAAUAGAAAUUAGAGCACAAAAUAAAUGACAAUCUAUUCUGAUUGGUUUAG